AUGAUAUGGAGGGGAUUGGAACACCUGAAUCACAUGAUAUGGAGGGGAUUGGGACACCUGAAUCACAUGAUAUGGAGGGGAUUGGAACACCUGAAUCACAUGAUAUGGAAGGGGUUGGAACACCUGAAUCACAUGAUUGGGAGGGGAUUGGAACACCUGAAUCACAUGAUAUGUAGGGGAUUGGAACACCUGAAUCACGUGAUAUGGAGGGGAUUGGAACACCUAAAUCAUGUGAUAUGGAGGGGAUUGGAACACAUGUAUCACAUGAUUGGGAGGGGAUUGGAACACCUGAAUCACAUGAUAUGGAGGGGAUUGGAACACCUGAAUCACAUGAUUGGGAGGGGAUUGGAACACCCGAAUCACAUGAUUGGGAGGGGAUUGGAACACCUGAAUCACAUGAUUGGGAGGGGAUUGGAACACCUGAAUCACAUGAUAUGGAGG